AUGAAAGCAAUCAAGAAUAGGUUAGCACCUAUGAAUGGAAGGAACUUGUGGCCAAGAACUUUGUACACACCAGCUUUACCUCCUAUUCAUAGAAAAAUGCCAGGGAGACAUGCAACUAAAAGGAAAAGGGAUGCAAUAAAAAACCAGUCAAAUAACAAACCAAAUAAGAGUACUAAAACACAAACCAAUGAUGUGCAACAGAGGGCGAAUGAGGGUGGUGCUGAAGUCAAUGAUGGUGGUGAUGCAGUCAAUGAUGGUCGUGAAGGAGGUUAUAAUGAUGGUGGUGAAUGA